UAUAUUUUCCAUUCCAACAAAUCAAAAACAUUUCUUUUCCUAUAUCUCUCUCUCUCAAAGCAUCAAAUCUUUCACAAAUUCUAACUUUCUGAUUCGAACCAAAUCCAAAAAAUGGAUCAAAAUUUGCCAAUAAUAGCAAAGAAAUUCUGGAACAUAGUUCGAGUAGCUUUCUUCAUGCUGAAAAAAGGCAUUUCAAAGAGAAAGUUUAUGCUGGAUUUCAACUUAUUUAUGAAGCGUGGCAAAAUUGCUAGCAAAGCCGCAAUUCAUAAUCUCAUGUUCCACCACAUGACCCAUCAAUGGUCUAAUUCCUCAUCUUCUGCCACUUCGCACGUGGGAGAUCUCUCACACGCUCCACCCGAUGAGUAUGAAUUCAGUUGCAGUAACAGCCCAGCGCACCCAACUUUUCAUCUUCCAUUCAACUUCAACAAGCGCAACAAGCACCACGCGCACCAUUUUCACGCGCCGGCCAUCCAUGACGACGACGCUUUUGUUGUAAAUGCGGCUGUGAUGAAGGCUAUGGAGAUGCUUCAGAAUGAUAGUUCUUCGCCGGUUAAUAAUUUGCCUGGUUUUGGGAGGACUCCGACGGUGAGGCAACUAAGGGUCACCGACUCGCCUUUUCCAGUAAGAGACGCUGAAGAUGAUAGCCAUGUUGAUGAGGCUGCUGAAAAUUUCAUAUCAAAAUUCUACAGAGAUUUGAGACGGCAAGCUUCUCCUGGUCCUUAAAUUUAUACUCCAUUUCUUUUGAGAAUUCAUGCACGUGGAUGAUAUUACGGUGGCCAAUGCAAUAAAAACAACGAUACAGGAGCUGUCAAUAUUUCGAUUUUCAGUGUAGUAAUUUGGAAAUAUGAAGAACUUAAUUGGAAGCUCAGAACGUAGUAAUAUGCAUAUAUAUAAUUGCAUACUGCAUGUAAAAAUUUCAGCUUUCCGUUCUGUUCGGGGGUGUGUUUUUUUCCCUUUUCCUUUAGGGGUACUGUGGAAAUGUCAAACAAAAAAAAAAUGCAUGUAAUCCUACCGAGUAGUAUAUAGUUGUGAUGAAAUCUUUCCAUUUAUUCUUUUUUAUUUGUAAUACUAUAUGAAAUGUUCAGAGGCUUAAGUCCUGAAAGUUUGAUUCCAA